ACGUUUCUCCUGCUUUGACUCACAAAAUAGUUCUCAUUAUACCGGAACAACCGAUCGCGGGUUUAUAGAGACGGAAACACCAAAGUACGCUUCUGACACAUCAAAUGAUCAAACAAGGUUCCCAGUUCUUCGUUGAACUGCUCCCCUCAAUGUGAAGCACCACGGUGAAGGAUGAACAAGCUUUCUAUGGGAGACAAAGCUACAUCAAGCACAGUGAACCGCUGGGUGGAUCCGUCUUUCACUGAUUUGCCAGGGGAAAGCUUUUCUCUGCCUGAACGGAGAAAGGGCAGCCAGGUGUUGUGCUACAAGAGGGCGAGGAAGAGGAAAGGAGAGGCCGGCAGCUCAGACCCUCACACGUCCUACCUGAUGAAAGAGUCAGCCCAGAGGGACCAGGAUGAGCCCUGGGUGGACAGAUACUUUCCCCGUUCACAGGCUGAGCUAGCUGUCCACAAGAAGAAGAUAGAAGAAGUGGAGAACUGGAUAAAAGUUCACACAAACUCAUCAAAGGGUGGCAUCUUACUACUGACUGGACCAUCAGGCUGUGGAAAGACUGCUACAGUCCUGGUUUUGUCUCAGGAGCUGGGCCUUAGGAUUCAGGAAUGGAUUAAUCCCACCAACCUGGAGCCAUACAACAGCAGUCAGCAUGAGUGGAGGAUGAACGGCUUGUCCUGCAGCUCCCAGUUAGCCCAGUUCCAGGAGUUCCUCCUCAGAGCCAACAAGUACAACUGCCUGAAGAUGGCAGAUGAUGGUGGAGCAACAGACAGGAAGCUCAUACUGGUGGAGGAGUUGCCAAACCAGUUCUACAGGCGGCCUGGCAGCCUGCACGAUAACCUGAGGCACUUUGUGAAGACCAGUCGAUGUCCUCUGGUGUUCAUAGUGUCAGAUAGUCUGAGUGGAGACAGCAGCUCACGCUUUCUUUUUCCCAGAGAGAUCCAAGAGGAGCUGGAUAUCAGCAGCAUCAGUUUUAAUCCAGUGGCUCCAACCACAAUGAUGAAAGUCCUGACCCGCAUUUCAACCAUAGAGGGAGGAAAGAGCUGUGGGAGGAUCUGUGUCCCAGACCAGGGAGUGUUGGAGAUGCUGUGUUCCGGAAGCUCAGGAGAUAUUCGCAGUGCCAUCAACAGCCUCCAGUUUUCCUCCCUUCCAGACAUAUCAUUGGAAAAGGGGCUGCUGUGGAGGAUGAAGAAGGACAGACCUGUGACUUCAAUGAGCAAAGCUGUUUCAAGAACAAACCAGAGGAAGAAGUCCAAACAGACCAAGGAGCAGGAAGAAGAGCAGGCUAUCGGAGGGAAAGAUGCUUCUCUGUUCCUGUUCAGAGCACUGGGAAAAAUCCUGCACUGCAAACGAGGGAAUCAUGAGGGUGCUGAAGCAGCUGAAGGUGACUCUGGACCUGGUCUAUCAACUCACCUGUCUCAUCAUUACAGAGAAGCUUUAUUAGUAGACCCUGAGUUGGUUGUUGAUCGUUCACACAUGUGUGGAGAGUUCUUCAAUCUGUACCUCCACCAGAACUACCUGGAUUUCUUCUCUGAGGUGGAAGAUGUGGACCGAGCCAGCGAAUAUCUGUCUGAUGCUGACCUCCUCACUGCUGAUUGGACGAGUCGCAGCACCAUGGGGGAUUAUGGGUCUUCAGUGGCAACCAGGGGGCUCCUUCACUCCAACUCUCAACAAGUUUCUGUUGGCUUCAAACCGCUGCACAAACCCAACUGGCUGCUAAUCAACAAGAAGCACCGGGAGAACUGCCUGGCUGCCCAGUCCCUGUUCAGGAGCUUCUGUCUGACAGCAGUCAGCCUGCAGACUGAACUGAUGCCAUACCUGGCCAAACUCACUAACCCUAUGAGGAACCAAGGUCUCCCAGCUCAGAUAGCUUUUAUCCAGGACAUGGGUCAGAUGCCACUGAGGACGUUCUCUGGCAGAUCAAAACUGGAGGCUCUGACAGACAAAGAGUCAGGCCAUCUGGAGACAUGCAGUGAGGAGGAAGAGGAGGAGGGGAAAGAGGAAGACCAGGGUGGAGUUGAGGAGAGUCUGCCAGCCAGUCAGCCUACACCUACUACAAGCCAAGUCUUUUUGGACGAGGAGGACUUGAUCAUAGACGAAUAUACCAGUGACUAACACACAGUUCUGCCGUACAUCCACUGUCAUACUGUGACAGUGUUUCAGUUUUUCAUUGUCAAGUUUGUGUUGUAUGGACUUUUUAAAAUUGAGUUAUAGUUUAUUAUGGAGGAAGAUUAACACCAAAUGAAAUAAUAAAAUGAUCAAAAAUUAUAUUGUUAUUGCUGAAAAGUUGGUAUACUUUCAUUUUUUUUCAGAAUUCUGACUUUAGAAUGACUUGAGAAUUUUGACUUUUUCACAUUUGUAAGAAUUUAAAUAAUUCUGCACAUGACCCUAACCUCCUCCACAGUAUGUUGAUGACUAUGAUAAUAAUUCUGGUAUUACCAGUAUUUUUGCCUUAUUGAGUUGUUAUAUGUACAAGAUGUGAUCAUUUUUCAAACAAGCUUGUUAUCCUGCAAAGCCUGAAUUGAAUGUGAUGCUGUAUCUUGUCACAUGCUCAUAUUACCAUGAAAGCAUGGGGAUUAAUUGUAAUAAUAUCUGAAAAUGGCCCUUAAAAGUUUAGUUCUACAAGCAGAAACACUGUCAGUAUGUAUUGGUUUUAAGUGUACGUUCAACACAGUUUUGUUUUUGUUUUUUUUGUACUUUACAUCUUUUUGUUUUGGUGAUUGGCUGUUGAGUCUGGAGUAACCUGUAAUGGAGAACUUUCCAGGAACAAACCCAGCCUAUAACCAAAAUCUUUUCUCACUCUUUCCCAUGGGUGGAAAAUAAGAAAUAUUACUUUAAUGCUUAUUGAAGGAUACAUUGUUUAAAUCUAAAUAAGCAUGUGAAUAAAAAUAACGUGUAAAAAGCUGA